GCCUUUUUUAAUACCUGGGCUUUAUACUCUCGCUCAGGUUAAGCUGGAGCCUUGUCUGUCUUGCCAUUUAACGCCAGUCUAUGUCAUUUGAUGCACAAUUCAGCCAAAAAUUACAGUGCAUAUAUAUAGUGAAAUGAAUCCCUUUGACUCCCCACUGAAGUAUUCAUGUAUGGUUAGUGUGGCUUUAGGACAUAUUUUUUCUUCUGAUACAUUUAGCAAUACAUUUUUUCAAAGCCAGCCUACAUAUAAUUAAGUAAUUCCUGUUGUUUUUACCUCAGGGAGACAUACUGAGUGAAGUGGAUGGAAAGGACUGGACUUUUAUAUGAUGCCACACACCAUAUAAUUUUACUUGUGUGAGCCAGAGAACAGGACAUUUUCUCUUCCUUGCUGGAUUCUGCAGAGUAACUCUGAAGCUGCAGGGAUACAGGGCUGUACAGGGCUGUACUGCUCACAACUGUAAAAAACAGGAUUUUCCUGAAUGCUUUGUUAAAAAUAGCUGCUGGGAGCCAGACUUCAUAGUUUUAUAGAAAUGUUAGGUGUCUUAGGUAGCUUUUAGUUUGGAAUGGUAACCUUGGUGGGAAAGACAGGCAACAUUUGCUUAUGGCAUAACAGGGUGCAAUGGCAACUUCUGCACAUGAGCUUGGAGAGCUGAGAUCCCUCUAACAACUAGCUCAGUGUUAAGGGUUCAGGUGUGCCGAGGAGAAUCUUGCAAGGUAUCYGCGGAGAUGUGAAUGCUGUUGAGAACUUGGGUCCUCUGAGGCUCUAGCUUGGAUCCCCAGAGGAAUUUUAGAAAGAUACUGAGCAUAUUGGGAAUGGUGCCGAGGUUCCUGUUGCUCGUGCUUUGCAAUAGCUCUGUGUGUUGUACCAAACGUACUGCAAAGCUCUGAUGGAUGUACCAUUGCAAAAUGUCUUCUGAUUGUUCCUCACUGUGCAGCAACACGCUUUUCUUCUGCUUGCCCUUGACAGGAAUAAUGUUACCAACAUGUCUGUGCAGUCCCUGCUUUGUGAAAGAAUCGCAGUUGCCAAAGAAUUAAUCAAGAGAGCCGAAGCCCUUUGCAAGUCCCAGAAGGGGGAUGUACAAGGUGGGGCAAAGCUGUGCAGCAAGCUGAAGGCCGAGUUAAAUUUCUUACGCAAGGUGGAGGCAGGGAAAGUGGCUAUUAAACAAUCCCACCUGCAGAGCACAAACCUGACCCACCUCCAAGCCAUUAUUCAAUCAGCAGAGAACCUAGAGGAUGUUGUCAGUGUCCUCCACGUUUUUGCCUAUGAGGACAGGUUCGGCGACAAGCAGACGCUGGUGGUUGAUGUCGUCGCCAACGGAGGUCACACGUGGGUGAAGGCCAUCGGCCGGAAGGCCGAGGCCCUGCAUAACAUCUGGCUGGGACGGGGCCAGUACGGUGACAAAAGCGUCAUUGAGCAGGCGGAGGACUUCCUACAAGCGAGCUGUCAGCAGCCCGUGGAGUACAGCAAUCCCCACAUAAUCUUUGCCUUCUACAACAGCGUGUCUAGUCCCAUGGCAGAGAGACUCAAGGAGAUGGGAAUAUCUGUGCGGGGAGACAUCGUUGCUGUGAACUCCCUGGUAGAGCCAUCUACAGCAACCCAGCACCAAAAUGCUGGGGAAUCAGAUGAAGAAGGCCCUGAACUCCUGCAGGUGACCAGAGUAGACCGGGAGAAUUUAGUGGCCAGCAUUGCUUUUCCCACCCAGAUCAAAGUGAAUGUGUGCAAUAGAGUUAACUUGGACAUCACCACCUUAAUUACCUACGUCUCUGCUCUGAGCUAUGGUGGCUGCUACUUCAUCUUCAAGGAAAAAGUGCUAACGGAGCAAGCAGCUCAAGAGAGACGUGAGAGAGUUCUGCCUCAGUUGGACGAGUUCAUGGAAGGGAAAGAGCUCUUUGCCUGCGAAUCUGCUGUUAGAGACUUCCAGUCCAUCCUGCAAACCCUGGGAGGACCUGGGGAGAGGGAACGAGCUGCCUUGCUAGUGAAAAGAAUUAAAGUGGUGCCAGAUCAACCAUCUGAACGUGCCUUGGGACUAGUGGCAAGUUCCAAAAUCAAUAGCCGUUCUCUAGCCAUCUUUGGGACGGGAGACUCUUUAAAAGCCAUCACCAUGACGGCCAACAGUGGUUUUGUGAGGGCAGCAGCUAACCAAGGCGUCAAGUUUAGUGUUUUUAUCCAUCAGCCMAGAGCAUUGACAGAAAGCAAAGAAUCUGUUGCUGCACCUUUACCAAAGAGCUGCCCACCCRAUAAUGGACUCUAAAUCAUUUAAUGACUUAGUCAUUGGAAUGAUCUGCCCUGGAGGCUGAGAUUUUCCUCCUUUGGUAGCUUGGGGCAGAUGCAAUGGAGACUUCUGGAGAAAUGAGAGUCAUAACAAUACCUUUUUUGGGGUAUACAUCAGUGAAAAUAGCAACUACAGCAGUGGAAGAGUUCUUCAGUGGGCUUGCAGUAUCUUUAAUCAAUUCUUGUCUUUUUGUU